CUUCUUCUUGUUCUCAUAACUCAGCCAUGGCUUCUUCUGGGAGGUCCAUCCUCGUAACUUUCCUUCUGGUUCUCACAUUCUCAAGCAUUAUGACGAGUUCCAGCGUAGAAGCUCGUCGUCUUCUCCAAACAACACAGCCUUCGAUACCAAACAUGCCUGGAAUUCCAAGUAACUUGCCUAAACCUACAGGAUUGCCACCUUUGCCUUCAAUCCCAAGUAACGUUCCUCCAUUGCCUACAAAUCUUCCAAAUAUGCCAAAACCCAAUGCACUUCCUCCUCUUCCUUCUAUGCCUCAGAUCCCAACAGUCCCACAGGCCACACUUCCUCCGUUGCCUAACAUUCCCUCUAUUCCCAAAAUCCCUAUCACUAUCCCCUCCGUCCCUUUCCUUUCUCCUCCUCCUUCCAAUUAAUAUCACAAAACAUGGUUUUCACUUUCUCGUCUAUAUUGCGAUUUGUUCGUUAGUACUCAGCAGCAUGCCGGAAUAUAUACCUACGUAGAAUUUCACUUGUUUUGGUUCGAAUGCUUUAUCUCGUGUGUCUGUAUAUUUGGAAGAGUUGCACUUGGCUAUAUGUUAUUUUCUUCUCUUCUCAUUUGGAGUGAAAUUUAGAACAGUUUGUAUUUUUUUUUUUACAUGUA